AGUUUUUGUUUGUUUUUCGGCAGCCGCCGCGCUGAAGUUGGUCAGUUGGGUCGGGGGGGCGUAGUGCGAAAGUUCGUUGAUCGCACCUUUUGUGGCUGUGUAUCUGGGUGACAAUGAUAAACGGCUGGAGGGACAGUAGCGACCGGAAAAUUUCAGUCACAGUUAGCGCAUUUGAGGUUAGCUUCCAUAUCCACAGCUGGGACGUCCCGUUGGCGUCAGCUGCCCCAAGCAUGGAGCGAGUCGUGGAGCAAGAUCAAGGUUCUUCCCUUCAGAAGGACGCUCAGACUAUACAAACACGUGACAAACCCAGCGCCAGUUUCGUGUCCAUCGACGUUGACAUGGAGUCUGACGUCGACAUCAGACCCCUUGUCACAUUCCGCGAGAAACUGUCUGCCCUGUUGCAUUCUACCAAGUUUCAGAUUGCCGUUGUGGUUUUAGUAGUACUCGACUGCCUUCUAGUCAUCACUGAAUUGCUCGUGGAGCUGGAGAUCCUGAAGCUGCAUGAACACAGCUACAUCGCACCAAAGAUCAUCCAUUCGCUGAGCAUUUUCAUCCUGAGCUUGUUCCUGGUGGAAAUUGCCGCCAAGCUAUAUGCCUAUCGCCUGAGCUUCUUCCAACACAAGAUGGAGAUGUUUGACGCUGCAAUCGUUAUCAUCUCCUUCGCCCUGGAUGUAGCGUUCAGGGACCCCGAGUCAGCCGCAAACGGUGCAGGCCUCAUCAUUGUCCUGCGACUCUGGCGAGUUGCACGUCUCUUAAAUGGCAUCGUGCUCACGGUGAAGACUCAAGCGGAACGGCAGCUGAUGCGGGAAUGCAAGCUGCGUGAGAAGCUUAUGCAGGACCUGCUCAGAAACCGCGACUACUGCAACGCCUUGGAGCAGGAGAUAUCCUCCCUCAGGGAACUGUUGCAGAACCACGGCAUCACCGACCUUCCGCCAACGGUGGUCGUUCAAGAGCCACCCUCGAGCGGAGAAGAGAACCAAGCAUCCGAUGCACGGGACUGAAGUUCCCAUGAAACGGUUGCCUGCAACUCGACACUUCUGAUGAUGAAGCUGCGUUUGCAUGCUUGGAUGUGUCCGAGCUGGGCUACAGGCGAGCCAAUGCAUGUUUGCACCUCUCGUCGUGUUUUGUGCGUCGUGUUUUAUGCAAGGACAGUGCUACUUAUGGCUCCUUUUCUGAAUUGUGCAUCACUUGAACACACUGUACUUUUUGCCAGUGCCUUUGAACUCAUCGCUGCAAAGCAGUGAAAGAAUACCACAAGUGAACAUGCUUGUAUUUUGUGCCUUUUUGCGCCUAAGUGCCUUUGACAACACUUAAAGAGCAUCUGGAGCCACAUAAGCAGUGUUGUACUUAAGCGCGACCAGUGUGUUCUUUGUGUACUAUUCUGACUCAUGUACAGGUCAAAAAUGAAUGAAAAUGGUGCCAUACUGGCAACAUUACGGUACUUCACAUAAAUGAGGUUUCAAUAUCGCAUAGCAGUGCAACACAUGCAUUGUACGUCUUUUGAGGUAUCAGCUGCACACUGGGUAAAACUCUUCAGGGUAAUGGGUGUGUUCAAUGACUUGGUUUGAUGUAAAAUGCUGCUUCACGAAUGUAGUCCAGCUGUAAAACGUAGAUGGUUCACUUUGUAAGCUUUUAUUUAAACGCUGUGAGCACCCACAUUUAGCACUUGAAGAGUGACGUGCAAGUGGGCAGUCUGUGUUAUGUAAUAGCAACGAGAUGAAGUAAGAACUGCUUACUGUGCCAAACUACGAGAUGCGACAGCUUACAAGUUAUUACGCUUUUUUUUCGAAUGUGCUUUAGCACAUACCACAACGGUAUCUCAAGUACGAGGCAUGUCUCCACGGGAGGUGAACUUUCUGAGCCCAGUGAAACGUAAUGUAAUGAACAGACUGUUCAUAUUCCCGCAAUGUUGCGAGAGAAAAAUUCUGUAUUAGAAUUGUUUUUUCUGCUUCAGUGACACUACUUGACGUCUUCAACCUAGUCAAUUGUCGAGAGCUUCACACAGCACCGUGGCAUUCCGUUACCUUCAAAUCACUUAACACAGGGAAUAGGAAAAAAAGAAGCACACGGUGUUCAGCGCAUAAAUAGAGCUUAUGAGAAAGUUCACAGACAAGCUCUUGAUCACGUCUUGAUGGACAUGUUAUACAACUGGGCAUGCCUUUUGGUUCAAUUGAUGCUGUCUACGUGUCAGUUCCUGCUGUUGCUGUGAGAACGAAUUGGUAUCUUUCCUGAUCAAAUGAAGAGUGUGGCAAUGCUUGCAGAGCACUUGCUUGUGAAACUACGGCGUUGGUUUUAUACUUCUGUACUGUAAUUAUGAAGAUUUGAAUAGCUAGCUUUUUUUUGUAAAUGUUCAGUGCAUGAUGAAGUCCUUUGUCUUUUCCUAGCUGUAGAAGUGUCCUUAGAGUGAAUUUCAAGCAUCUUUGCAGCAGCUUUUUUUGGUGAUGUGCUUAUGUACAAGGGUACACAACUGGUCACAAACAAAAGCCUACCUCCUUACCUCUUUUAUCAAAGGUAAGGAUUGUACAAUGUACGUGAUUAAUGUCAAGCCCAACCGCAUUUCUCAUAAGAGAGCUUUGGUUGUAAAAAUUUGUUGUGAUAAAUAUACUAUAUAUUUUUUACGGUUGUUACCUACUGUUAAAACGUACUCGUGUGUAGUAGUGUUGUGCCUUGACAACCAUUUGGAAUUAACGCGCAAGGACGAACUUAUGCAAUACUCAGCUGAAAGUUGCGGUUGUACGUAUAUCACUGUAUUUACUUGUGAAUAUUUUUCAUGUCUUUAUUACUUGUAUUCAAUGUCACCGUAAUAUACAUGUUGUUUACGAAGAG